GUGCAGUUACACACAUAUACACACACAGCCACACUUAUACAAACCAGAGCUGAAGAGCUUACAAACCGGUCGUGCAUUAUCAAAAUUGGACGUACCAAUCAGUAACAGUGAAGCCAGCCUCUCGCGCGGAACAAUUGCUCAAUUGUUUACACUUCAAUUGCCUAAAGUGUAAAUUGUACAGAUUGUGCAAAUUGUACACUAGUUUCAUAGUUUGCUUUUGUGUGCAAGGCAAAGAAAUUCACUCGACGGCGUCCAGUAGUUACUGACGCGUCUGCAAGUGCAUUGGCACGUACACACAAAAUCGACAACAUGUCGAAUGGCAGUAAAGAACGUGCUGAGAAUUACUUAGAGAAUCUUUUAACAAAUGGUAGCCAAGAGGGCGACAGCGAGGCAGAGUUGGACCUACCGCCAUGGUACGAUGAGCAACUAUUCAAGCGCGGCCAGAGGUAUUUCAGCAAAUAUCGUUUUGUGAUGACUUCAGGCAUGUUGGCUGGUUUAAUUGCGGUUCUUGCCAUUCCAUCUAUAUUGCGCGUUCUUAUCUGUACGGGCCAAUCAUCGAAUGCUCUCACUGCCUAUCGCCGUUAUUUGCGCACUAUUUUCCAUGUACACGCCUGGUAUUUCCAGCCGAUUGAGGACAGGCGAAGCAAACUGUGGACGAGCAUUGCGGCCGUGAGGCGGGCACAUUCUCGCUCGAGUCGAGCUUGCCAGCGACGUGGUGCCGGUCAGAUAACACAGAAGGAUUUGGCACUGACACAGUUUGGAUUCAUCGGCUUUAUAACGUUGGGCGCGCAUCGCAUAUCACUGAAAGAUGAUGAUUUUCUUGAGGCCACAUCGCAUAUGUGGCGGGUGCUGGGCUACUUACUGGGCAUUAAGGAUGAGUACAAUAUAUGUGGAAGCAAUUGGGCAGAAUCCAGGGAACGUUUAGACAUUGUUAUGCGUAAUGUCUAUAGGCCGGCGCUGGAGCAAACAAAUGAGGAAUUUUAUCAUAUGACCAAAGCAUUAGUUCAUGGGCUUUGGCAUGUAAAUACAAUGCUCUCAGUCAAUGCAAAUAUUUUCUUUACCAAGCGUCUGGCGUACGUUAAAGGUUAUGAAUACUACACCUUUGAUUAUCUUGAAGGAGAAAAACCUGAUCCACAGCAAACGUCUCACUACUAUGAUCUGAGCUUGUGGGAUCGCUUUAUUGUUAGUUAUGGUUUGUUUAUUGUUACAUACUUGCACAAGUAUUCAAUUGUACGCUGGUAUUUCAAUUUUCGAGUUUGGAUAAUGGAUCUCUUUAUGUACUACUUGCCAACCGUAGCCAUUUGGAAAUUUGGAUUUAAAUCGGCCUAUGUGCGCAUCUUCCGGCCAGGAGGUACGGCACAUGAGCUGCAAUUAAGUCUGAAGGAAGAGUAGUUGAGCG